AUGGCAGCACAGCUUGAGGAUAUGCUCAAGAGAUUGAGUACUCCGGAAACUGAUUCCAAGUCCAAGCUAGAUGCUGCUACCACGCUGCGUGAUGGCCUCGACCAUUACACCAAUGGACCCAACUAUACCAUAUUCCUCCAGCGAGUGAUGCCGGUGUUCCUGACCAUACUUCGAGGACCAUGUCUGUUCCAAAGUACAUCGCCGGAGCAGAAACUCCGAAACUGCAUCCUCGAGAUCCUCCACCGUCUACCAACAAACCAGACACCGCCCGAACCUUUCGAGCCCUUUGCGGUGGAGGUAGUUGACCUCCUGAUGAGCCUGGUGCUUACUGAUAACGAAGACAAUGCCACACUUUGUGUCAAAAUUAUAUCCGACAUCAUGCGACACCAGCCGAAAACCCUACACGACAAGGUCCAGUCAUUCUUGAAUCUUAUCCAGGAGCUCUUCGAACAGAUGGAGAAGGUUGUAUGGGAACAAUUGGACAGUACGGCUAUACCGUCCAAUGCGUCAGGGCCACCAUCCACGCCGGGUAGCACGCAGACCAACUUCCAGUCCCCUCGACCGGGAUCCCCAGUUGCCUCAGUCACAGAUCUUGGUCAAGAUCUACAGCAGCAGAGUCGGCCAUUGUUGAAGGGAAUGCAAUCGUUCAAGGUCUUGUCAGAAUGCCCGAUCAUUGUCGUUUCAGUAUUCCAGACAUACCGAAGCAUCAUUCAGCAGAACGUCAAGGCAUUCGUGCCCCUGAUCAAGGCUGUGCUUUGCCUUCAAGCGAAGGCCCAGAAGCAAGCCCAUGCGGAGGCCAAGGCGAGAGGCACGGUCUUCUCUGGCGUGAGCCCCAGCAUCAAAAAUCGUGCCGCGUUUGGCGAGUUCAUCACGGCCCAGGUCAAGACGAUGAGUUUCUUGGCGUACCUGCUCCGCCAAUACUCCAGUCAGCUUGCCGACUUUUUACCUACGCUGCCGGAGAUUGUCGUUCGUCUCCUGAAGGACUGCCCGAGGGAGAAGUCUGCCGCACGCAAGGAGUUGUUAGUAGCAAUCCGCCAUAUCAUUAACUUCAAUUUCCGCAAGAUCUUUCUGCCCAAGAUCGACGAGCUCCUAGAGGAGAAGACUCUGAUUGGCGAUGGACUGACCGUCUAUGAUACCAUGAGACCAUUGGCGUAUAGUAUGCUGGCCGAUCUCAUUCAUCAUGUCCGUGAUUCGCUUCAACCCGAACAGAUCCGGAAGACGGUUGAGGUCUACACCAAGAAUCUGCAGGACAACUUUCCAGGCACUAGCUUUCAAACCAUGAGUGCCAAGCUGUUGUUGAACAUGGCAGAAUGCAUCGCCAAAAUGCCGAACAAAGUCGAUGCCCGACAUCAUCUGCUGAUGAUUCUUAAUGCCAUUGGCGACAAAUUCGCCGCAAUGAAUCGACAGUAUCCCAACGCUGUCAAACUCUCCAAGCUUUACGCCCAGCAAGCUGCGGAUCACACCCGCGACACGUACUUGGCGGACAAAGAGCACCGUCCUGAGUGGGACGAGACCGAUAUCUUCAUGGCAACGCCAAUCAAGACCUCCAAUCCUCGCGACCGCGGUGCUGAUCCUGUGGCCGACAACAAGUUCUUGUUCAAAAACCUCAUGAAUGGUCUCAAGAACACAUUUUAUCAGCUGAAAGCUUGCAAUGCGCCUUUGCAGGUAGACCCAGUCAAUGCGCCCACACACUGGCAAGAUGUUUCUUACGGCUUCACGGCCGAGGAAGUUAAAGUCGUCGUCAAGUUGCUCCGGGAAGGCGCAUACGUUUUCCGCUACUACGAGAUUGAGAAGCCGGCAGCAGAGUCACAAUAUGCAUCGCCGGUAGAGUACAUGGCGAACUUCUACAUGGUGUCGAGCAGCAAAGAGGAGAAGGAACUCUUGGAGACAUUUGCCACAGUCUUCCACUGCAUUGAUCCGGCCACGUUCCAUGAGGUCUUCCAACAAGAAAUCCCACGUCUUUAUGAGAUGAUCUUCGAGCACACAGCACUCUUACAUAUCCCCCAAUUCUUUCUGGCGAGUGAAGCAACAUCGCCGAGCUUCUGUGGAAUGCUCCUCAAAUUCCUCAUGGAGCGGAUUGACGAUGUCGGGUCUGCGGAUGUCAAGAAAUCCUCGAUCCUGCUCCGCCUGUUCAAGCUCGCCUUCAUGGCAGUCACCCUCUUCGCGCAACAGAACGAGCAGGUCUUGCUUCCUCACGUCGUAGACAUUGUCACCAAGUCUAUCGACCUAUCGACCAAGGCGGAAGAGCCAAUGAACUACUUUCUUUUGCUCCGGUCCUUAUUCAGAAGCAUUGGGGGUGGAAAGUUCGAGCAUCUCUACAAGCAAAUCCUCCCCCUGCUUGAGAUGCUGCUCGACGUUCUCAAUAACCUCCUCAUGGCUGCGAGGAAACCGGCAGAGCGGGACCUGUACGUUGAGCUAUGUCUCACGGUCCCGGCUCGCCUCAGCAACCUCCUACCGCACCUGAGCUUCUUAAUGAGACCCUUGGUCGUGGCUCUUCGUGCUGGAACGGAUCUUGUAGGCCAGGGGUUACGCACUCUUGAGCUCUGUGUCGAUAACCUUACGGCGGAUUACCUGGAUCCUAUUAUGGCACCGGUCAUCGAGGAGCUCAUGAACGCCCUGUUUGAGCACCUGAAGCCACACCCAUAUAGCCAUUUCCAUGCCCACACUACGAUGCGCAUUCUUGGUAAGCUAGGUGGCCGGAACCGCAAGUUCAUGACCGAGACACUCCCGGUGAAUUACCAGAAGUAUGCCGAUGACCCAUCGAGCUUCGACGUGCGACUCAUUGGUUCGAAGAGAGACCGGGCGUUCCCAGCCGACCUCGGUAUUGAUUUCGCGAUCCGGAAACUGAUGGAGGUGCCCAAGCCGUCAAAGGUCACUUCGACGAAGCAAUUGGAUGGCUACUACAAGAAACAGGCUUUGCAGUUCAUCAAGGCUCAACUGAAGCUACGUAUCGGUCUCGAUCAUCUGCCCGAAGACCUUCCGCGGCUUGUCCGGCUACAGGCGCAAGAUCUCCUCGCCCGGAAACCAGCGGCAGACUUCUCUGCAUUCGAUACUUCCGACCGGGAGCGAUCCGUCGUGAAGAAAGACGAGCAGGAUGAGGUUAUGAAGCGUCUGAUCAAGGCCGUCAUGUUUGCUGAAUCUUUGCCUGAGUUCCGGGAGGAAGCAGACGUGUUCCUGAUGAACAUAUGCAGGCACUUCACGAUCGUCGAAGUUGGCCGCGGACUGGUGGACACCAAGAAGGAAAUGAGUCCCUUCGAUCCAAAAGCUGGCGAAGGCCCGCUCUUCAUUGACACACGCAUUCUAGCAGAUGCCAUUGUUGAGUCCCUCGCGUCUGACCUACCAGAUGUUCGCGAUGCAGCAGUGCGGGCUGUACGAGCUGUCUAUGACUCGACCGUGACUAUCUUUGGAUCUGAGAGGCAAGUCGGUCGGCUAGGAUUCUUCAACCACCUCAGCAAGACAUUCUGCCACGCCUGUUACGAGGAAGAAUGGUACACAAAGGCCGGCGGUAGUCUCGGUAUCAGGUACCUCUUGGUCGAUGUGGACCUUGGAGAUGCUUGGGUCCUCAACAAGCAGUUGGACUUCAUCAAGGCAUUGAUGUAUGUCAUCAAGGACAUGCCACAAGACUUGCCCGAAAAGACCCGGAGUUCUGCCCAGAUCACACUGGAAGCUCUCUUGGCAAGAGUGACGAAAGACGUGAACAAGGAAGAUGCACUGCCCACAGCUACGCAAUCUGGCCAGUCGCAACGCCGGCCUGCCGGCCUCCCUCAGAUUUGUACCCUGUUCAAUGAUGAGCUCUCCCACAUGAACAAGCAUGUCCGAGGAACAGCAAAGCGGUCGCUUGAGCUCAUUGCUGCUGCGACAAAGACUGAGAUCUGGGAACUCGUCGAGCCAUGCAAGGAACGCCUAUUGCAGCCAAUUUUCGCGAAACCACUGCGAGCCUUGCCUUUUUCUACGCAGAUUGGGUAUAUUGACGCUAUUGCGUACUAUAUGAGCCUGCGGAAUGACCUAAUCUCUUUCGACGAUAACCUGAAUCGGCUACUAAUGGAAUCGCUAGCUUUAGCUGAUGCGACAGACGAGUCAUUGGCCGGCAAGCCCCAGGAGUUUCGAACUCACGAAUCCAUUGUUAAUCUCAGGGUGGCCUGUAUCAAGAUUCUCAACAGGGCUAUGGCAUUCGACGACUUCCAAAAGGGUCAGAACAAUCCAACUCGAAUCAAAAUUGUGUCAGUCUUCUUCAAGUGCCUGUACUCGGAGUCUAAGCCUACGAUCGAGGCUGCCAAUGAAUCCCUGAAAGCUGUACUCUCCCAGACGAACAAAUUGCCCAAAGAUCUAUUGCAACAAGGUCUUCGUCCUGUACUAGCUAACCUCCAGGAUCCCAAACGGCUAAGCACUCAUGGAUUAGACAAUCUUGCGCGACUUCUCCGUCUGCUCACGACAUACUUCAAGGUAGAAAUCGGAUCGCGACUUCUGGACCACAUCAAGGUCCUCGCAGAACCGAAUCUACUGCAGCAAAUUUCAUUCACGUUUUUCGAACAGAAUAACCAGAUGAAGGUCAUUUCCGCCGUGUUCAACAUCUUCCAUCUCCUCCCGCCUGCGGCAGAGCAGUUCAAAGAGCGGCUGAUCGACACUUGCCUAGAACUCGAGGAGAAACUGCGGCGAACCCACCACAGCCCUUUCCGACCCCCUCUGUAUAAAUAUCUCAACCGGUACCCCAGUGAGAUCUGGACAUUCCUGCUCACCAGACUAGAGGACCUUAGAUAUGGCCGGUUCCUAUCUCAAGUUCUGCUGCAUCCAGAUAGCAAGCCACUCCGGGACUAUGCGACUGCCAACGUGGAAGGGUUGAUUUCCUCAUGCAGCCAGAUCAUCAAUGCUGCUAAGGAGACUCGGUUCGUGGCUGCCAUCAACACCAUCAAUGUCCUCAACUCUCUCAGCCAGCACACCGGGAACCAGAGUUGGGUGGAGAAGAAGGAGACAAUAACCUGGCUGAAACAAAUUGGCAAGGACUUGGAACGCCACCUUCGAAUCAACGGCCUCCCUCCCAGCUUGCGACUCCCCGCUGACCAAGCAGCUGAUCAACUAAUGGGCAUACUCACGAAAUCGUUGACACUGAAUCCUGGAGACUUGGAUUCGCUUUUCGCUCUGAUAGAACCCCUCACUUCCGAGGAACUUCGGGUCACGCCAUCCGUUUUGUCGUAUCUCUACAAGCACGUCAUCUGUUGCCACUCCGUCGAUUUCUGGAAAUCCGUCGUACUCCGGUGUCUCGACAUCUACGCAGGGAAGAAUGUCAGCCAGAGAACCAAGUGCUUUGUACUUCGCAACAUCGUCAAUCCAAUUGUGGCGAUGGACGUGAUGCGGCAUUGGAACGUACCAAACCAGCCAAGGGCGACGGGACUAAUGGACAAGUCCAUCAUUGAAUCGAUCAACGUCAAGGUUUGGAAGGUCAACCUUGGCGACCCUCAGGAAGACCUCGCGCAGCCGGGCAUCGAUCAUACGCGCAUGGAAGUAUUGCAGCUUUCUGCAAUGUUGGUCAAAUAUCACUACGCCAUACUCCAGGAUCUCAGGAAAGAUAUCAUUAAGUUUGGUUGGACCUACAUCCGGUUGGAUGACGUGAUCAACAAGCAUGCCGCUUACGUCGUCAUUGGUUAUUUCAUUGCGCACUACGAGACCCCUCCCAAGAUCGUGACCCAGGUCUAUUACUCGCUUCUUCGGACGAAUCAGAACGAAGGGCGCGCGCUUGUCACGCAAGCUCUCGAGUUGAUGGCCCCGGUCCUGCCCAAACGAUGUAAUGCAUCGCCUGGCGACCGCAAUGCUGUAUGGGCUAUGGCGCCGCGACGCAUCUUGGCUGAGGAGGGUCAGAAUGCUCAGCAGAUGACCAGUAUAUUCCACUUUCUCGUCAGACAUCCCGAUCUCUUCUACGAAUCAAGGGACAAGUUCGCUCUAUUGAUCAUCACGUCGCUCCGAAAGGUAUCCUCUCCGCAGACCUCUUCAAACGAGAGUAAGAAGCUUGCCUUGAAUAUGAUGUGGUUGAUAUGGCAAUGGGAGCAGAGACGUAUCGAAGGCAAGCUCAGCGCUACCCCAAGAUCUCUGUCCGAAUCACCCAACUCGAGGAAGCGCAAGCUUGGAAGUGACCAACUCACCUCUUCGCCCCCUUCAGCUCGACAAACCGCCCAACUCGAGAGGAAUGAGUUCCAGAUCCCUCAAGGCUUCCGGCUCAAGAUGAUCAAGUAUCUCAUCGAGUUCAUCGCACAGUUGAGCGAGAGGUACAAGCUACCUUCGGCUAAGCCAAGAGAUGCAGCAGCAAACCCCGGAAAUACGUUGCCACCUCAAUCCACGGAGUUGUGCAUGAAGGCGAUGGCACUGCUUCACAACCUCCUACAACCUCAGUACUGGGGUGAUCUCGAUGUGGACUUGUUUCCCAACGUCACUGAUGUGGUUUUGGCUAGCGAUAAGACCGCCAAGAUCCUCAACGCGGACCCCGCUGAUAAAGACAACUACGAUGAGAAGUUCAUCACCAACAUCAUCAACACCCUCCAAGUGGUGCGCAUCAUUCUCAGCUUCAAGUCGGACGAAUGGAUCCUGAAGAACAUGCCGUCGGUUCAGAAGGUGCUCGAGAAGAGCUUGAAGUCGGAGAACCCAGAGGUGCAAGAUUGUCUGCAUUUUGCGGACAAGGCCUACGAUGACAAUCGCGAGAUCAAGGCCACGGUCCAGCGGGUGCUCGAUGCAGUGCCAGAAGACGUGCCAAUGGAGGAUGCCGAUGCGGAGGGCGAAUCAGAAGCCCCUACGUCGGAAAUCGUUACCUUCCUGUCUACCAUCGCAACCGAGACACUGGCAGUGGCCAACUACGUUUCUGGGGUCAACAUCCUGUGGUCUUUGGGCCAGAGCAAGCCUUCGAUCAUCGAUCAGCACAUCAUCGCUCUUAUGAAGGCGUUGCAGAUGAAACUUGCACGAGAACAUGUGCAGCACUACACCAGCGUGGCCGCACAUCAGAUGACUACCAACGCAUUGCGGCCGCCUGAUCCCAGUGCACAGACUGGAGAAUUAUCACCCUAUGAUCUCAACAUUCAGACCGAUCUGAUGAUCAAGGCUAUUCAAGUGACUGCAAUGCGCAUGGAGACCCUCGCCGACAACCGACGGCCCUUUUUGAGCGUGUUGGCUACCCUCGUGGAGAAGUCGCAGCACAUUCCACUCAACGAGAAGAUCCUCGAAAUGGUCGAAGGCUGGGUCUUCCGAUCGGAAGGGACCUGGCCGACACUCAAGGAGAAAACAGCGGUACUGCACAAAAUGCUUUGCUUUGAGCAUCGCAGUGAUCCGACGUUGUUGACCAAGUUUCUCGAAUUGGUUAUUCGCAUUUAUGAGGAUCCCAAGGUCACGCGAACCGAGCUGACUGUGCGUAUGGAGCAUGCCUUCUUGAUUGGUACCCGAGCACAGGACGUCGAGAUGCGCAACCGGUUCCUGGCAAUCUUCGACAAGAGUCUGUCCAAGACGGCUACUGCUCGCCUUUCAUAUGUCAUCACAGCUCAGCACUGGGAUACACUCGCCGAUUCCUUUUGGCUUGCUCAAGCCACCCAACUUCUCUUCGGCGCUGUGGAGAUGAAUGCAAACAUACAGAUGCACCAUGCAGAUUUCCGUACCCUUCCCGCCUCCCUGGUGUUUGGGGCUUACUCUAAGGAUUCCCGAGAGCCGACUUUGAUGACUGACGACAAGUACGACACGUUCAUGGCUAACCACCGACGAUUCGUUAUCGAGGUUGGCGAUGUCAAAGUCCGAGAUGUCAUCGAGCCAAUCGCCCAACUUCAGCACACGGACAGUAACCUCUCUCAUGAGCUCUGGGUUGCCCUGUUCCCCAUGUUCUGGUCUGCCACCGCCAAAGAAGAGAAGACCGAUCUUCAGAAGGGCAUGGUUGUGCUCCUCUCCAAGGACUACCAUUCCCGCCAAAUGGACAAGCGACCCAACGUUGUGCAGACCUUGUUGACAGGCGCUGCCAAGGCAUGGCCAGAGUGCAAGAUUCCACCGCACAUUCUCAAGUUUGGUGCAAAGACAUACGAUGCCUGGUAUACUGCCAUGGUCCAGCUCGAAAACGCGGCCAUCAAGCCGGAACUCGACUCUACUAACGUGAGGGAGAGUAAUCUCGAUGCGCUGGUUGAGCUGUACUCUAGCCUCAAGGAAGAUGACCUGUUCUACGGUACCUGGCGUCGGCGAUGCCUGUACGUAGAGACCAACGCAGCCUUAUCGUACGAGCAGACCGGCAUGUGGGACAAGGCCCAGAAGCUGUACGAAGCCGCCCAGAUCAAGGCUCGCACCGGAGCCAUACCCUUUACGCAGGGAGAGUACAUGCUCUGGGAGGAUCAUUGGAUUCUUUGUGCUGAGAAGCUGCAGCAGUGGGAGAUUUUGCAGGACUUUGCCAAGCAUGAAAACCUGCAAGAUCUUUUGCUAGAAUGCGCCUGGAGAAAUAUAGAGAUGUGGCAGACCCAGGAGCAUCGUGAAGGCUUGGACAUGCUCAUCAAGGGCGUCAUGGAUGCGCCAACCUCUCGGAGGUCGUUUUUCCAGGGUUUCAUGUCGCUUCUCAAGUUCCACAACAAGCAGGAGACUGGACAGGACUUCUCCAGGGUCUGUGAUGAGGCAAUCCAGUUAUCCAUUCGGAAGUGGCAUCAGCUGCCGAAGCGCUUGACCGCUGCGCAUAUACCUAUGCUGCACAACUUCCAGCAACUCGUUGAACUUCACGACGCUAGUGUCAUCUGCCAGAGCCUGGCUAACACAAACCAGGCGAAUUUGGACGUCAAGUCUGGAGAGUUGAAGCUUCUGCUUGGGGCUUGGCGAGAUCGUCUGCCCAACAUCUGGGAUGACAUCACCGACUGGCAGGAUCUGGUUACUUGGCGUCAGCAUAUCUUUGGCCUAAUCAACAGCACCUACCUCCAGCUCUUGCCUCAACAGGGUCAGAACGCGAAUGGUGCCUCGUUUGCAUACCGUGGAUAUCACGAGACGGCGUGGAUAAUCAACAGAUUUGCCCACGUUGCACGCAAGCACAGCCUCCCAGACGUCUGUAUCAACCAACUCAGUCGAAUCUACACUCUGCCCAAUAUAGAGAUCCAGGAAGCCUUUCUGAAGCUGAGAGAGCAGGCGAGAUGUCACUACGAGAAUCCCGAGGAGCUGAACAGCGGGUUGGAUGUUAUCAACAAUACCAACCUCAACUACUUCAACAACCAACAGAAGGCGGAGUUCUACACGCUGAAGGGAAUGUUUUUGGAAAAGCUCAACCAGAAAGAGGAUGCUGAUGGAGCCUACGGCACAGCCCUGUAUUACGACAUUGGUAAGGCCAAAGCAUGGGCCGAAUGGGGCUACUUCAAUGACCGGAAGUUCAAGAGCGAUCCUACAGACGUUAACUCCGCUCGGCAAGCCGUCACUUCGUAUUUGCAGGCCAUUGGCAGCUACAAGAGUGGGAAGGCAAGAAAGCUCAUAGCACGCAUCCUGUGGCUCCUGAGCUUGGAUGACGCGAAUGGAACGAUAGCUUCAGGCUUUGAUGAUUACAAGGGGGAGACGCCUGUGUGGUAUUGGAUCACCUUCAUCCCUCAACUCUUGACUGGCCUUGGUCACAAAGAAGCACCCAAGGUCCACGCGAUUCUGCUCAAGAUUGCGAAGGCAUACCCCCAGUCUCUGUACUUCCAAUUGAGGACAAAUCGAGAGGAUAUGCUGGCCAUCAAGAAGAACCAAGAGGCCAAAGAGAAGGCACGUCAGCGUGCCCAAUCGGCAGCAUCCAAUGGAAAGCCCAGCAGCUCUCCCUCUCAGACCAAGCAGGAGAACCCUCAGACCAAAUCAGAAGCAUCGUCCAGGCCCCAAACCUCGAAUGGCGAGACCAGUGCCCAACCCAAGACAGAGCCGAACGACGCGAGCGGGAAUCCCAGUGCACCACAUGCGGCUGGCGCCACCCCUGCUCCGAACGGCGAGCAGCAGACCGGAAAAGAUGGCGCACCAUCGACGGCCGGACAUAAGAAACCGCCGUGGGAGCUCACCGAGGAGAUAAUGUCUGUUCUGAAGACUGCCUUCCCUCUGCUUGCUCUGUCCAUGGAAACCAUGGUGGACCAGAUCCAGAAAUUCUUCAAGUGCCCACCUGACGAGGAUGCGUACCGACUCAUCGUUGCACUUCUCAACGACGGGCUAGCAUACGUCAGUCGAAUGCCAGCUUCGUACGCUAGGGAUGUCAAACUACCAUCGGCCACUGAGACCAACAUUACACGCUUCGCAGAGACAAUUCUCCCAGCUCACAUCAAGAAAUCGUUCGAGGCCGAUUUCGUGGCUGUGAAACCCACUAUGUACGAGUACAUUCACAAGCUACGGAAAUGGCGUGACAAGUUUGAGGAAAAGCUUGACCGCAGGAAUCCCCGGGGCUAUCUGGAAGUAUAUUCGCGGCAUCUUAGUGAGUUCCGCUAUAUGAAGUUCGACGACGUUGAAGUCCCGGGCCAGUACUUGCAGCACAAGGACAAGAAUCAGGAUUUCAUCCGCAUCGAUCGGUUCUUACCCAACGUGGACCUGAUCAGGGGGAUUGGGGUGUCACACCGGCGCCUCAAGAUCCGCGGUCACGACGGCAGUGUCCACGCGUUUGCAGUCCAGCAUCCCGCUGCCCGUCACUGUCGUAGGGAAGAGAGGAUCCUGCAGCUAUUCCGGCACUUGAACCAGACACUCGCAAAGAAGAAGGAGAGUCGGCGCCGCGACCUGCAGUUUACUGUGCCUCUGAUGGUUCCUCUUGCGCCGCAUAUAAGAAUCGUGCAAGAAGAUACCUCUUCUAUCACGUUGCAGGGCAUUUAUGAGGAUCACUGCCGGCGCAAUGAAAUGCAAAAGGACGAGCCAGUCAUGUUUACUAUGGAUAAAUUGCGCGGGUUAAUCGAGCCUAAAGGCACUAAGCAGCCCGAAAACUCGGCCAUGGCCCGUCUCGAGGUGUUUACGGCAAUUCAGGAGAAAUGGGUACCACACACUAUCGCCCUCGAGUACUUCCAGAGCAUCUUCCCCGAGUUCUCCGACUUCUGGCUGUUCCGUCGCAGGCUCUCAUACCAGCUUUCUGCGCUGACCUUCAUGACGUAUGUGCUAUACAUGACCGGGCGCUACCCACACAAGAUCAACAUCGCGCGCGGCUCGGGCAAGAUCUGGGGCUCUGAGCUUAUGUCGUUCAUGCCACCCGGCAAGCCCUUCUUCCACAACCCAGAACCGGUUCCAUUCCGCCUCACGCCCAACCUGCAGACUCUCAUGGGCCCUUUGGCCACCGAAGGCAUCUUCAGCUGCUCCAUAAUGGCCAUCUCGCGUUGCCUCACCGAACCCGAGUUUGAGCUUGAGCAUGCGCUGACCCUCUUCGUUCGAGACGAGGUUAUAUUCUGGUUUACCAGUAGCCACCGGACCACUCACCUCAACGAGAACCAAUUGCGUGAUACGGUGACGACCAAUUGCGAUUCAAUCGUGAAGCGCGCCGUCACGAUUGCCAAGAGCCCUGUAGGCAAUCUUCCGGCGAACCAGACGGUUAUCGACCUCAUCGCCAGGGCUGUCAACCCCAUGAACCUCGCACAGUGCGAUUCCCUUUGGAUGCCAUACCUUUAA